AACGUACCCAAAACUCAGCUGGUAAGGCUUGCUACCACCACACUCCUCCGAUUCACGUAAAAGGUACUCUUCCCUGUAUAAUCUCAGUUGGCCCAUAUCAUAAUUAUGAUCAGAUCCUCAUUGGAACAGCAAAACAUGCCCCAUAUCAAAACGCGUGACUUGGAAAUUUAUAUUUGUUUGGACGUCUUGGACGGCCUCCUGCAUGCUACUAGAAUUCUCACAUUCUCCUCUUAAAUGGUCGGUCAAAGUUCAAACCUCAACCACCCUCUCUCUCUCUCUCUACUGUGCUAGAGUUUAGUCUAAAGAGCUCUGAUUAGUCUUCUUAUGAAGCUGAGUCUAUUCUCUUUGAUAUCCCCCUCUCUCUCUCUCUCUCUCUCUCUCUCACUCAUGGAGAGCCCAGUAAUACAGAAAUUCAAAGGGAAGCAGGUCAUGCAGAUGCAGCAGCUUUCUCGGCUAAGUCUAGGGCCAACCCAUGAAAGAUCUCCGGCGGAGGAAGUGGAAUUAGCUGCCACUGCAAUAAGCCUCGACGUGCGGUUGAGACCCUCAGACAUGCCCGCCCACAUGCAAGACCGAGCCCUGCGCUGCGCCAGAUUACUACUUGACUCCUCCGCCCCCGUUUCCCGUCCUAAUCCCACCCACCUAGCUCGGGCUCUCAAAAAGGAGUUUGACUCGCUGUACGGACCGGCCUGGCACUGUGUGGUGGGGACGAGUUUUGGGUCGUUCGUGACUCACUCACCGGGUGGCUUCGUUUACUUCUCCAUUGACUCACUUUCGGUUCUGCUUUUCAAGACGGAGGUUCAGUUGGUUGCCGAACCAGGUGACUAAAAAUUAGAAAAUUCCCAAUUCCCACACAGGAAAAUUAGAGCUGCCCAAUUGAUGUACUCUCUGCUAAAUUAUCUAUCAAAUUCGAUCAUUUUUUUCUUGGUUGUCUUGAAAGAAAGUGUUAUCCUGAAUUGAAUUACUGCUUGGAAAUUCCAUUACCACUGUAUCAGCAUGGUUCAAGGAAAGAACUAAGGUGGAAGAGAAAAAUCACGGUUUACAUCGAUAUAAUGGUAUCUACAGAAUUAUCACUGAAUUCACGUAAAUAAUCAUUCUGAUUCUCAUGCUCACCUGGUCUCUCUUCUUUUUUCCCUGCACCUUCUUACCUUCUGUUGCUGACUUGUGAGCAUACUGCGAGCUAUACCGAAUGGCAUUUGGUUCCUCCGAAAAGCCUGUCUCUUUCUGUCUUGUCUAUUUGGUACGACAAAAUCACAAAACGUGUUAUGAUCUGCUGCUAAACCGGAAUUAUUAUAAUCUGUAUGUUCCAUAAGUACACGCAACGAAACAUGAACCUCGAGAAUUCAGAGUACCGAUAAUAGUCUUAGGCCUAUAGAGGCUUUUGUCUUUUGUGUUUCAUUUUCCUGAGAUUUUUUAUCUAUGGUUUCACUUGGUGUUUUUGUGGUCAAUUGCAUUUGGU